AGUAGAGUUAGUACGAGGUGUGAAAACAUUGUAAUCAGUUGUUACAACGUUAUUUCGUGAUAAUAACACUUGUCAAUACGAUUUAAAAAUUUUUCAUCAACCGCAGUAUCCGCAGUAAAUAAACAGUGACAAGAACAGUACAUAACCUCACAAUGAACAGUGAAGACAUUAUCCGCGUGCGGCUUGCAGUUCAUCGCACUAAUACGAAUUUAUCUAACGGUGACCAUGGCAUGCCCAGAUUUUAUACACCCGGUGAAGAGGUGUGUAGUCAGCCUGACUUUAUGAGAGGUCAUGGAACAUACAUGGAUGACAACGACACGCUGCGUGCAUCCGUCGCCGGUGUGCUGGAAAAAGUGAAUAAACUAAUAUCCGUGAAACCACUGAAAGCACGAUACCAAGGCGAAAUAGGAGAUGUAGUUGUCGGUCGAAUUACAGAGCUUCAGCAAAAACGCUGGAAGGUUGAUACCAACUCAAAAUUGGAUUCGGCCCUGCUUUUAUCCAGUGUCAAUCUUCCUGGCGGAGAAUUGAGACGGAGAUCAGCAGAGGACGAACAAACAAUGCGACGUUACUUGCAAGAGGGUGACUUGAUCUGUGCGGAGGUGCAAAACGUCUUUGUCGACGGUUCGCUCUCAUUGCACACAAGGGUUUUGAAGUAUGGAAAGCUGUCACAGGGAAUUUUGUUGAAAGUGCCACCUUCGUUGAUUAAACGAAAGAAGAUUCAUUUCCACAAUUUGUUAAUCGGCGCCAGUUUGAUACUGGGGAAUAACGGAUACGUGUGGAUAGGCGCUAGCAUUCACAACGCUGAUCGGACGGAAGGUGGUUUUGCGCAAGAUUUGUCCCGCAUACCGCAGCAGGAUCGAGAAAUGUGCGCGCGGUUGCGAAAUUGCAUUUUGGCUUUAGCUAGAUCUAACAUUUUACUCACAGAUACGUCAGUCAUUUACGCUUAUGACGAAUCUACCAAAUACUCCGCGAACGAGUUACUACAACCUGAAGCCGCACUCGACGUCGCUCUUCUCACACAGCAGAGGCUCGGCGAGAGAAUUGAUUGAGAUCAAGUUAGCAACACAGAAUCACACAAGCUUUCUAAUUGUUUAAAAUACGUGCAAUUUCACCAAACCUUGCAGUAUUACAGUUACGAAACAUUGACAUUUUUAAUAUCUCUAUGAAACAGUGAAAACUGAGGAUAACAUUUUGCUCAAGCCAAGCGGCAAAAUAAACUAACGUAAUUGCAAAAUUUUCAAACAGAUUGAUACAUAUUUUAAUUUUUUAUUCUUAUAAAUUCAGACCAAUUGCUUAUCGAACUGUGAACAAAGGGCAGCCAUAAGUAAAAUAAGUAGAAUUUGACUUUUCAUACAAUUUUCUCUGUUAGAACGAAUUGUAAGUACGAAAGUAUAGUUUGAAUCAAAUAAAAAAUUGCCAUAAACAAUCAUGAAUGUUGACAAACUUCAGAAGUUUCAUCGCGGAACAAAGUUAAAAUAAUAAAGGUAUGGAUGAGAAGGUAUAGAUAGAUUUUGGUUCUGAAAAUGUUAAAAACUUUGAAGCCGUAUGUUAGAGAAUUGAGGGUUUAAUAUAUCUAUUGUAACAAAUAAAAUUGCCAUAUAUUAUUUCAAAUUUGGUACAACUUUUAUUGAUGGAAAAUUGAAAAAUGUAUAGGAAAUAAAAAUAAAAGUGGACGAGAAUAACACAAAAGUGUAUUACGUUGAACCUUUGGUUUGCGCUCAAAAUACAAUGCUCUAAAUUAGAAAGCAAUUACACAUUUGAAACUGCGCUGUAAAAAUAAACAUACUAUGAUACGUUUGUAUACAUAUAUAUAAGAGCAGUAUUUGAGCAUGUACGUUCUUUUCUUUCUUCCUUUGCUUUGAUAUGGUUAGAUUUAGAUGCUUAUUGUAUUAUUAUCAUUAUAUUAGUAUAAUUAUUCAUUAUAGUAAAGUUGUUUCGGACAUACAGCUAUACAAAAGCACCGCAUACACAUCUGACACCAAAUCAGCAUGAACCAAUUCUGUGAGGUCAAGUCAAUAACUGAUAACCGAAUAUUUUUAUUUCAUGUUUGUCUCUCUUUCAAAAUACCAAAUAUUGACUUGAGCACGUGAAUUCGUUGAAACGUUUGAACAUGAAAUAAAAUUUCAAUGGUCAAUCGCGCACAUUUGAUUUGAUAAAUAGUAUAUUGUGUGACACGCAAACUCGGUCUGUUCAGUCCGAGCAUAAGUUUGCAAUAGGAGUCGUAGGUGAGCCGAAGGCCCAAACAAAGACAAACCCAGAAAACGAGCCAAAGAGAAUUUUGCAAAUACACGAGGCGAAAAGACCGUUGCCUCCUUGUUGCACACGACUUUUUAUACAUCAAGAACAUGUUACGCGUUUUUCUCGAAGCACGAAAUUGACGUCGGUAGCGUCGGUAGCGUAACGUCAGAUUUGUUUGUGACAGCGCAUGCGCGUAGUACUGAAGCAACCACUUUUAACUCCUAGGGCUCGAAAGUAGUAUUUUCAGUACUCUGCGCAUACGCACUCGCAGACUCACUCAACCGUGAUGGAAACAGAUACUUUGUGUAGGGAAAAACGCAUAAAACAUGCUCGCGUUAUAUAAAAACAUAUCCAUUCGAAUUAUUUUAUAAUAUUAAUUCUGAAAUUGUACGAAAGCUAUUACUCAAGGCAAUGUACAGACUGAGGGUAAUGGGGUUUGCGCAUGGAACUUUUAGAGUUGAAGUUUAAAAAUAAUAAAUUAAAGAUUCUAAAUCUAACAGUCUUGAACAUCGAAGAGAAAACGAGGAUUGCAAUGAGUGAGAAAAAAUCGUGAAUUAUUGUCAAAUGUUGAAAAUAUCUCAGCAUGAUGAUUAUUUUGUUUUUAUGACAGAGGCAUAUCUAGUAAAAUAAAUAUCACCAGUACUAAAUCGGAACUGAGUCUUUUAUGUGUGUUUUUCUAAUCUGAAUGUUACAAAUAUAUAUUUUUUUAAUAAUAGAAUUUUUAGUUAAAUAAUGCUCAUAAAGUAGCCGUGUAUCACAAGGUGUAGCAAUCUCUACCUAUCUAAGAGUUUGUAUCAGUACACGAUAAACGCGGCCCCAUUUCAUUCCUCAGGUACGAUCAUUUAUUACAUUGCAAUAAUAAGGCAAAACUGUGCUCCAAAGCUAUCGGUAUAUACUACAGUUCAUAACUAACUCUUAUUUUAUAUAUUUAUGAUUAUUGUUAAAUAUCAUCACAAGCCGGUGGGACAUUUAGGUAAAAGACUUGAAAUACUGCGCAGUGUCAUGAGCUGCUUCUAAUCACAAUCGAGUAGCAAGGGUAUAAUCAUCUUGUUUUAGCAUAAUUGCACUAUAUCCUUGGUAAAUAUUAUAAAUAGAGUAAAA